CGGGCCUCACAGCGUCAACACACCGUCGCUGAUUAAUAAAAAAAUGUCAGACGAAGAACCAGCCCCUUCGACAGGGAGGAAAACAACGUUACGAGAAAACACCCUCUUUGGGAUGGGAAAUCCCUUGCUUGACAUUUCAGCUGUUGUGGACAAAGAUUUCCUUGACAAGUUUGGACUGAAAUCUAAUGACCAGAUCCUCGCUGAAGACAAACACAAAGCUUUGUUUGAAGAAAUUGUCAAGAGGAACAAAGUUGAAUACCAUGCCGGUGGUUCGACCCAGAACUCAGUGAAAAUUGCUCAGUGGAUGAUCCAGAAACCUCACAAAGUGGCUACCUUCUUCGGGUGCAUCGGUACCGACCACUUCGGCAAGAUUCUGAAGAAGAAGGCCGAAGAAGCCCACGUUGAUGCCCAUUACUAUGAACAAAACGAGGAGCCAACCGGUACCUGUGCAGCCUGUAUCACUGGGGACAAUAGGUCCCUUGUUGCUAACCUGGCAGCAGCAAACUGCUACAAAAAGGAAAAACACCUGGACUUGGACAGCAACUGGGAGCUGGUGAAGAAAGCCAAGGUCUAUUAUAUUGCGGGUUUUUUCCUGACUGUCUCCCCGGAGUCGAUCUUGAAGGUGGCGAAGCACGCUUCAGAUAACAACAAAAUCUUCUCCAUGAACCUCUCAGCACCUUUCAUCAGCCAGUUUUUUUACGAGCCAUUGAUGAAGGUCAUGCCUUAUGUUGACAUCUUGUUUGGCAACGAGACGGAAGCAGCCACAUUUGCCAAAAAGCUGGGCUUUGAGACGGAUGACAUUGCAGAGAUUGCAAAGAAGACUCGAAACCUCCCCAAGGAGAACACAAAGAGGCAGCGAGUGGUGGUCUUCACCCAGGGCAAGGACGAUACUGUUGCAACUGUUGGUGAGAAGGUGACCAUGUUCCCUGUUUUGGAUAUCGACCAGAACGACAUUGUGGACACUAAUGGAGCAGGAGACGCCUUCGUGGGAGGAUUCCUCUACGCAUUGGUCCAAGACCAAACUUUGGAGGAGUGUAUCCGGGCUGGACACUAUGCCGCCAAUGUCAUCAUUAGACGAGUCGGAUGCACCUUCCCAGAGAAGCCAGACUAUCACUGAUGCAUUCAGACACCGCACAUUUCUCUCUUCCAUAAGAUACUUAUAUAUAUAUGCUUCAGGACUGUAUGUACAUUCUUUUCUGUUUACAAAAACUGACUGUAUGGGACUAAUGGCUGCAGCUCAGAUAUUUUAUCAAGCUCGAAUUAGCAACUCAGAUGUUUUAAUACAAUUCAUUGUACUAGUAU